AUGGCGCACCAGACGGACGCCCAGUCCCCAGCGUCGAAAAAGCUCGGAUCGAAGCUCAAGAAGUCGAAGGAUUCUACGAAAGAUGAGGGAAGUGCAGACGCACAGGAGUCCACUCCUAGCAAAAAAGACGCCAAGUCCGACAAGAAGGACAAGAAGAAGCGCAAGUCCACUUCCGAGGAUGCGGCACCCGAGACAGACGGCGAAAUGAAGAAAAAGAAGAAGCGCCGCCAUACCGAAGAUGACAACGACCAGAAAGACAAGGAUGACGAAUCGCACAAGAAGAAGAAGAAGAAGCGUGUCUCGUUUGGACCCGGAACCAAGGAAUUCGACGGCGACUCUGAAAGUGAGUCGGACAACGCCGACAGCAAUGACGCUACCGCAACCGACGGAGCCGAAGCAGACACCGAAGAUGUCGGAGACAAGACUGCCGAGGAGAUGAAGAAGCGCAAGCGCGAGAAGAAGAAGCAAAGAAAAGAAGGCACCGCCUCGACUGAGGUCGCAAUUCACGAGACGCCUAUUCUCUCGUACCUGAGCCACUACCACCGAGCACGCGCGACAUGGAAGUUCCAAAAGAACCGGGAAACCAACUUGUUCAAGCACCUGUAUUCGCUUGAGCACGUCCCCUCUAGGUACAACACAUCGCUGCUGGCGUACAUGCAGGGCCUGAAGGGCGAUGCCGCCAAGGUGCGAAUGAGCAAUGCUGCGAGGGAUGUGAUCAAGGCCGAUAUGGAUCUCGACAGGCCGAAGGACGACGAAGAAUCUGAGAACCAGGAGCCUUCAACAAGCCCCGAGUACCUGGAAGCUAUUAAUGCGUUCCGCGAGUGCUUGCCAAAGGGAGAUGAGGAUCUGGACAAUGUCAACUUCGGAGAAAAGUUGGAGGGAGACGUCCAAAAGCGUUUGCCGAAGAGGCAGCGAGCAGAGCUGGUCUUUUUCGCUGUUGCCGGCAAGCUUUUCGGCGCCGAGGAUUUGAAGAAGCCGAAAUCGAAACCCAAGGCUCCCGAGCCCCCGGUGAACAAGAAGCGGAAGAACAGAACUAUGGUUGUUGAUAUCAGCAGCAGCAGCGAAGAUAGCGAUGAUGAUGCCCCGGCUCCUAAGAAGGCUGUCAGCAAGCCCGCACCGGAUAGCGAUGACGAGACCUCGUCGAGCGGCAGCAGCAGCGACAGUGACAGUGAUGCCAAGUCGUCUGCUGCCCCGGCCCCAGCCAAACAACGUGCCGCAAGCACUCCUUCAUCGUCCGCCCCCAGUGGUGUUGCAGUUCCGAAGGAGACCAAAGCUGCCAAGAAGAAGAAGGAGAAGUUCGUACCAGUUCGCGCAGAAAAGCUUAAGCCCGCUGUGCCGAAGAAGACGCAGAAGCGAAAGCUCAGAACUGCUCAGAUCGAAAUCUCGAGCAGCGAAAGCGACAGCGAAUAG